AUGGAAAGAACAAGUUUGAAUAAUCAAAACAGGCACGUUCAACUGUUUUUAAACUCAACAAAUAAGAAAGUCUCAGACCAAGCCAAUAUAGCCAAGCAUGAACGCUAUCCAGACGAUUACAUUAACAACAAAAACUACGUUAUCAAAAACAUCGCUCACAGAACAAUCAAUCGUGACAACGACAUUAACAACAUUAACGUGAAAUAUCGCCACUCCAAAAACUCGAGUAACAUUAAUGUUACAACAAACACUGAAACGCUUGUCAAACAUUUUCACACGAAACGACACUACAAUAACCACAACAACAACCACAACAACAACCACAACAACAUCAGUAAUUUCAACAUUAACGAUCAAUUCAACAGAUACACAAACGUCAAUCAUACGAUCAACAACAGUGUUAAUAACAACUUGAAACGUACCAACAACAACAAACAUAUCAUUCACAGCAACAACCACAAACACAUCAGUCACAACGACAACUCCAAACACCUCAGCCACAACAGCCACAACCACGCCAGCGACAACCACAACACAAUUUGGUCGGACGAAGAAACAUCGCUUUACAGGCAUCGGCAGUUGAGUAGCGUACGCAUGGUAGAAGGCAAACCGGGUGAACUCAUCUGUGUGGUUUUUAGUGGCUACCCCGUUCCACAAAUCCAUAUGACAAUUUUCUGCUUGCAAGACGUCACAAACCGUAAAGUGGCAGAAGGAAGUUUUCACUGGCGAUUCAAAAAGAGGAAAAUUGAUAACGCGUUCACCUACACCAAAAUGGUUAAAUAA